UCAUAACCGUUUACGUUCACUGGGAAACAUGUCGGCUCCUCAGACAACGACAAAGGAGGCCCCAGACCAAGAUGACCCAGAAACAGCAACAGAGUCUGUAGCUGCUCCCAGUGAAGUUAAAGAAGAUGUCGCAGCCCUCAUCAUGUCUGCUUCCAUGCUAGAACCCAAAGUGCUUUCAUCGCUGACAUCUAAGAAGCCGGAAAAGGGCCUUUCUGACGCUGCUGAUGAUGGAGAGACCUGGUCGUCUCCUCCUUCGCCGCCGCUGAACAAGCCUGUUGCAGGUCAUGCUGCAAAGUCCAUUUCCUCGAUGUCUCCCUCUCCCUACACGUCCUCCCCGUUGUCUCCUGGCCGAGCCAAGAUGAGCGUCUCCGGGCCGUCCACCAGUAAGGCCAACCUCCCUCCAGCUCCUUCCGCCUCCUCUUCCCCGUCUCCUUCUGCUCCCUCCACUCCCGCCGCCUCUCCAGGCCCACACAAGAUCCACCGGGCCCGGAAGACCAUGAACCGGCCCCCGCUGGCCCAGGUGAGUCAUGUUGAUGCUCUGGCCGCGACGGCGUCAGGAUCCGACUCUGAAACCGCUGCAAAAAAGAGGAAGCUAUCUGAGAGCUCACUGGGGAAAUGUGAAAAAGUCUCAAACAAGGCUCAAGCUGAGGGCGAGAAGCUGUUUCAUGUAAAGGCGGAGUCUGUUACAGAUCAAGCUUUAGCGAAGAGCAAAAGCUCUUUGGGGAAGUCUGUUGACGAUGGAAACCAUUUAUCUGCUCUAGAUUCAGAAAAGUUGGAAAAUGGAGGUGAAGAGAAGCAGCCAAUUACCAACACAGAAGAUCAGAGUUUGGAGUCUGAGAGAAAGUCUUUGCGGCCGCAGUCGGAUCAGGACAAAGACACUAUCACCAUUGAUUUGGGGGAAACAGAAGAGGCAGAAAGGUCUGGAGAUUACACAGAGGUUCCUUUGGGUGAUUUGGACAUCGCUGCUGCUGACAGUCUGACUCUUUCCCCUCCUGCUGAUGGAAGCGAAGCAGGCGACAUGGAGCGGCUGGAAGAACUUCCUCUGUGCAGCUGCAGAAUGGAGGCUCCUCGGGUCGACAGCACCAGCCAGCGGGUCAGCAGACAGUGCAUGGCGACGGAAAGCCUCAACGGAGAGCUCCGGGCUUGCACCAACUGGACCAUGAAAGCGGAGACGAUGCGGCCGUCCAGUCGGAUUCCCCUCAUGGUUCUGUGUGACGUCCAUCGCUCACACAUGGUGAAACACCACUGUUGUCCUGGAUGUGGGUACUUCUGCAUAGCAGGCACUUUUCUGGAAUGCUGCCCGGACCAGCGGAUCGCUCAUCGCUUCCACCGUGGCUGUGUGACCGUACUGAGCGGCGGCCGCAGCAAGGCCAACGGCGGCGGGAUGCUUUUCUGUCCACACUGUGGGGAAGACGCCUCAGAGGCCCAGGAGAUCAUCAUCCCGUCCUUGGCAUCAACCUCUGCAACCACGGUGGUCACCAUGUCGGCCUCCUCCACAACCACGCCCUCCCUGCCCCCAUCAGCCCCGACGGCGCCCUCUCUCACUGCCUCAACAGGAGGGAUGAAGGACGGGAAGAUGCCUGAAAGGCCUGUCAGCGCUCGAAUGCGAAGCCACGGCCUGGUAGCUCCCACAGUGGAGCAGCAGCCUCCUCAGCCCGUCCCCUCAGCUACGACUGUGCCUGCUGUUCCUCCAGCUGAAGAGGGAGUGGACAGCGUGGGUCCGUCUCUCUGCAUGCCAAAUGGGAAGUCAGUCAGCCCAAGUGCACUACCACCUGGACCCAGCAGGGCGGCGCUGCAGAAAGCAAUUCUCACACAGGAAACGGAAAGGAGGAAGAAACUGAGGUUCCACCCGCGGCAGCUGUAUCCUGCUGCAAAGCAAGGAGAGGUCCAGCGAGUGCUGCUGAUGCUGAAAAGAGCAAAAGGUCAGGGAGGAGACAUUAGCCCAGAGACCAGCAGCAGGGACGAUGAUGCAGUGGAGGGAAUCGAUCCAACGUACCAGCCUGAGUCUCAGAACCGACGUUCAGCUCUUCACGCUGCAGCCCAGAGAGGCCUGCUGGAGGUCUGCUACAUGCUGAUACAGGCUGGAGCUCAGGUUGAUGCCAAAGACAAAGACCUGAGGACUCCUCUGCUGGAAGCCGUAAUCAAUAAUCACGUUGAUGUGGCUCGUUAUCUGAUCCAGAACGGCGCCUGCGUUUAUCACGUUGAGGAGGAUGGAUACACUGGCCUCCACCACGCAGCCAAGCUGGGGAACCUGGAAAUCGUUAAUAUGCUUCUGGAGACCGGCCAGGUGGAUGUAAAUGCUCAGGACAACGGUGGUUGGACACCGAUCAUCUGGGCUGCAGAACACAAACACGUUCAAGUGAUCAAAUCGCUGCUGAACAGAGGAGCCGACGUCUCCAUUAAAGAUAAGGAGCUGAACUUGUGUCUCCACUGGGCGGCCUACGCUGGAAACAUCGACAUCGCAGAGCUGGUGUUGAACUCCGGCUGCUCCCUCUCCUCGGUUAACGUGCAUGGAGACACUCCGCUCCACAUCGCCGCCAGAGAGGGAUACCUGGAGUGUGUGACGUUGUUUUUGUCGAGAGGAGCGGACAUCGACAUCAUGAACAGGGAGGGCGACACGCCGCUCAGCCUCGCCCGGCCCGACACGCCCGUCUGGGUUUCGCUACAGAUCAACAGGAAGCUGCGCAGAGGAAUCACCAACCGGCUGAUCCGGACAGAGCGAAUCAUCUGCAGCGACGUGGCGCAGGGCUACGAAAACAUACCGAUCCCCUGCGUGAACGCCGUGGACGACGAAGGAUGUCCGUCGGAUUAUAAAUACGUUUCCGAAAACUGUGAGACGUCAGCAAUGAACAUAGAUCGAAACAUCACACACUUACAGCAUUGUAGCUGCACUGACGACUGCUCAUCCAGUAACUGCCUCUGUGGGCAGCUGAGCAUCCGCUGCUGGUACGACAAGGAUCAACGGCUGCUUCAGGAAUUCAACAAAAUCGAACCUCCUCUCAUUUUCGAAUGCAACAUGGCGUGUUCGUGUUAUCGAACGUGCAAGAACAGAGUCGUCCAAGCAGGCAUAAAACAAACAUUAACAUCUAAAUCAGAAAAGAAAUUUAGACUUGGGAAAACGUGCAGAAGAGUCAAAAGGAGACAGACGACCUCUCUGCUGACCUCUGACCUCUUGCCUCUCAGAGUUCGCCUGCAGCUGUACAGGACGGAGAAGAUGGGAUGGGGAGUCCGAGCGAUGCAGGACAUUCCUCAGGGCAGCUUCAUCUGCGAAUAUGUUGGAGAGCUGAUCUCUGACGCCGAGGCUGAUGUUCGAGAAGACGACUCCUACUUGUUUGACCUCGACAACAAGGACGGGGAGGUGUACUGCAUAGACGCACGUUACUACGGCAACAUCAGCCGCUUCAUCAACCACCUGUGUGACCCAAACCUCAUCCCGGUGCGUGUGUUCAUGCUGCAUCAGGACCUGCGCUUCCCUCGCAUCGCCUUCUUCAGCUCCAGAGACAUCCUGAGUGGACAAGAGCUGGGGUUUGACUACGGCGACCGCUUCUGGGACAUUAAGAGCAAGUACUUCACCUGUCAGUGUGGGUCGGAGAAGUGUAAGCACUCUGCUGAGGCCAUCGCUCUGGAGCAGAGCAGGCUGGCCCGGAUGGACGCCUGCUCCGAAUCGGGAGCCGACUGCGGGAUGGCCUUGAUGGGAAACUCUUAAAACACUUAAACCACAGGGCCUUCAGAUCAAACCCUGCUACGUUUACAUGUGCACACAGUCGACUGUAGAAGUGGGGCAUUGCCGGUUUUGUGGUGCUGUCAUGUUUUACAUUUUCCUAAAGCUGUCACUUUAUUACGUUCACUAUUGCAGAAAUCAUAACCUUUAAAUUUUAAAGGACCAGACUUUAAACGGUUUUACAAAAUCUACAGAUCUCUUGAUAGUUGUGUGUGUAGUCAUGUUGGUGUUGCAGAAAAAUGUACCAGAAACAAACAUUUGUGCUGGAGGCCUUCAUUACCCCCUCAUUUAUAUGUGAAAAUCUUUUACACACUUUCUGUUGUGCCAACCAACUCGAGGCUUUGUGGCAAAAACAUGAACAUCAACUGAAGGCCUUCCUGAACUCAUAAAGGAACUUAUUGUGGAUGGAUGCUUGUGGUAGUUUAAUUGUCUGUAUUAUUUUUUAUACAUGUUGUUUCUUCUGUCACUUGUAGUGAAAUAAAACAGAAAAGAGUUUA